AUGUCAACAGCAGCUUUUCAAACCGAAACCUUACCACUUGACGCAAGUCUGUUUGAAGGUGGUGGACAAGUUAUUCGAAUUUGUAUUGGUUUAAGAGCUAAACGCGAAGAUCCCGGUUUAAAACCCCAACAUGUUUCUGGACUUAAACUCGUGCAAAAUAUUUUUCAAGCAGAUUUACAGGGAGGAAUUGCAAGAUCUAAAGAAAUUUACUUUAAACCAAAUGAAGUGAAUAAUAGUAUUAAUACUUUCAUUGCUGAUACUCAAACUGCGGGUAUUACUUUAUUGAUUCAAAUUUCUCUACCGCCCUUGUUAUUUUCAGCCCCACCGCCAAAGUCAAAAUUAUUUCUUCCGCCAAGAUCUAAAAAAGUUAUUUUGAAAGGCGGUUCAGCUGUUAAUGCUGCUCCACCAAUUGAUUUUUUAACAGAAAUUUUCAAACCUAUAGUAGAACGCGAAUUUGGAUUGAAUUUUGAUGUUAGCAUAAUAAGAAGGGGAUAUUAUCCUAGAGGUGGAGGAGAAGUUGAGUUACGAGUUGAUCCAAUUGUUGAAAAAUCUCUAAAACCAUCAAAUUUAGUGGAGCGAGGAAAAAUCGUUAAAUUUGGAAAGCAGAUAGUUGAAAGCGCGACUAAAAUAUUAACAGAAGCAGCUUUAUUUGAACUCGAAAGUAUUCAAUUCGAUAUAGAAAUUAAUACUGAAAGAUAUAAUACUUGUAAAGGUUCUGAUAUUUUAUUAUGGGCAGAAACAAGUUCUGGAUGCUUAAUUAGUGGACACGCUCUAAGUGAUAAAAAACGAUCACCUGAAGAAAUAGGGCGACGCGCAGCAGAGGAAUUGAUACGAAAUAUUAAACAUGGAGGAUGCGUUGAUGAAUAUCUACAAGAUCAACUAAUAAUGUUCAUGGCAUUAGCUGAAGGCAAAUCAAAUUUAGUUUCGGGUCCUAUAACUUCGCAUACUCGUGCAGCUAUUCAUUUUGUUGAAGUUAUGUCGGGUGUGAAAUUUUGUAUUAAAAAACUUGAUUCUUUUGAAUCAAAUGUACAAGGUGAUAAAUCAGAAGAUGGUAAUUUAUACUUGAUUGAAUGUGAAGGUAUUGGAUUAAAGAUCUCAAAACAAUUAUAA